CACAGAAGGAACCGAGAAACCAGACGACAACAAAAAGCGCACGAGACAUCACAGACGGCAGGAAGCGUCUCUUGUUGUGUUUAAAGAUUUACUGCAGCUCUACCAUGCCCGUGGCCUCCACCAGGACAGAGCCUGUGCCCCAAGUGUUGGACGCAAUGAGCGACAGCACGGCCAGCUCCACCACAGCCAAUGACCUGGACCUCAUUUACCUCAAAGGCAUCAUGGAAAGCCCUCUGGAGCAAGAGGAGAGCCUGAAGGAGCCACGGUUGUCACCCGUGAGGGAGAAUAAUGUGGAGCUCCUGCAGGAGAUCCUGAGAGACCUGGACCCAUUCACCAAUCGUUCUGACACCGCAGCAGAGCUUGCUCGCAUUCUCACGCAGCCUCACUUCCAGUCUCUGCUGGAGACACAUGAUUCAGUGGCAGCUCAAGCAUGUGAAAGUCCACCUCCCAGCCCAUGUGACUUUGUGGAUCAUGAACCAGAAGACAGCCAAGCACACAACCACCUUCCACCUGAUGCCAUCCGCAUGGUGGGCAUACGCAAAAUAGCCGGGGAGCAUCUGGCGAACGGACGAGAAGUGGGCAGGGACCCCAGGGUUUUACAGGAAGAGCUGCAAGCAGCUAGUGGAAUUGUGGUUCUGAAGAUACUGCCAAGUUAUCAUGAAUCCAUACCACCUGUACAGUUUGACUUCAGUUGUCUGCCUACACUAAUGCUGUGCUCCAACAAUGCAACAGGAAAUCUGUGUACUGGUGUUGGAGGAAAGAAGAAGAAGAAGAUGAUGUAUGUGACCACCAAAAAUGCAGAGUUUGACAGACAUGAGAUACUGCUCUAUGAGGAGGUGGCCAAGGUCCCACCUUUCAAGAGGAAAACUCUGAUUCUGAUAGGUGCUCAAGGUGUGGGGAGGCGGAGACUAAAGAAUAAGCUUCUACUGAGGGAUCCACAGCUCUUUGGGACCAUAAUUCCAUACACCUCCAGAAAACCCAAAAAGGGAGAGCGAGAGAGUCGGAUGUUUGCUUUCACUACCCGCAGCAAAAUGGAAACAGACAUCAAGAACGGGCGCUAUCUAGAACAUGGAGAGUAUGAGGGCAACCUGUACGGCUUGAAGAUCGACUCCAUACAUGAGGUGGUGGAGGCAGGGCGGGUCUGCAUACUGGACGCCAAC